AGCAUUUUAUAAAUGUGUUUAUGUCUUACAGCAACAAUCUAAUUCAUAAGCAUUGUCAUAUUGUCACAUUGUCAGUUAAAGAAUGUUACAAAUUAAAUUGUCACAAAAAAUACAUAGAUAAAUGUUUGUUUCUGCUUUCAUUCAAAAAUUAAGCAGAAAGGUUUUUAUUAAACACCAUGGUCACUGCACAUGAUGGCUCAUAUUCCAGUUUGCUUAGAGAAAUCCUGCAUGUGUAGAGGUAAACUAUGACUGACAUGGACUUCUUUGACGGGAAAACAGUAAUGUUUUUGUAAUUUGCACAAAGCAGUAGCUAUUGGCAAAUGGUACAGAUUUUUUGGAAGUUCGAAAUUUCCUUAAAUCGGAAUAUCUUUGCGCAGCGUGCUAUCCUAGUUAACAUUAGGCAGUAUUGCUAACUUUCUCUUCUAUAUCAAUUUCACUUCAACAAAAAGAAAAAAUGAAAGCAUUUGUUAAAAAUGUUUUUAGAUCAAGUGACUUUGGCCUCCGCUGGAAUGGAUAGACACGGAUUUCCACGUCAUCUUACGUCUCAAAAUUUCUUCCUCUCGGAUAGCCCUACAACGCGUGUAAGAGACACACGCUCAUGAGAAGCUAUGUUGUGGGCGUUGCGUAUAGGUCUCGCGAGCCCAAGCUAGAAGCUGCACAGUUUUAAUGAUGGAUUUUGACGAGAGGGUUUCCGUUGGCUCAAACAUGUAUCUGCCCAGCUGCACGUACUAUGUUCCGGGGGCUGAUUUUUCCACGUUGCCCUCUUUCCUAUCCCAAAGUCCAUCUUCUCGUCCCGUUUCCUAUUCGUAUUCAUCUAACCUGCCUCCGGUACAGCAUGUGAGAGAGGUUACAUUCCGGGACUAUGCUCUUGACGCGUCCGGUAAAUGGCCUCACCGGGGUCCACUGCCUCAGUGUUAUUCGUCGGAGGAUAUAGUACACAGGGAAUGCUUACCAGCGCCUACGAGCGUUGGUGAAAUGUUCCCAAAGAACAGCUCAUCAGCCUAUUUUCAAUCGAACUCGACCUCUGCAUCCAGCUUCUACGGCGGUGUUGGAAGAAACGGGGUGCUACCUCAAGCAUUUGAUCAGUUUUUUGACACGUAUUGGGGCUCGGAUAGUACAGCGAACAGCGAAUAUGCAGCGAGAGAUAAACAGCACUCCAGCAAGCACCCAACGCCAGCACCCGCACCCGAGCAAGAGUCUGAAGGAAAGGAGCGGCAGGAGACCAGAACCCCUGAAUCUUCUUCCGGCAACAACGAGGAAAAGACUAGCGGUGCAAGCAGAGGACCCAGGGUUCGCAAGAAGAGAUGCCCGUAUUCUAAAUUUCAAAUUCGAGAGCUUGAGAGGGAGUUCUUCUUUAGCGUGUACAUCAACAAAGAGAAAAGACUUCAACUCUCACGGAUGCUUAACCUCACCGAUCGCCAAGUGAAAAUUUGGUUCCAGAACCGGCGCAUGAAGGAAAAGAAACUCAAUCGGGACCGAUUACAAUACUAUACGAACCCUCUGCUCUAGGACGAGGAAAUAACUUAAACAACAGCUGCAAUAAUGAUAUCAACAAUGAGACGUUACAGAUUCUCAGCGGUUAAUUUCAAGUUCGUGACAAGGCACCAUUCGGCUUUACUUGAGUACAAUUACAGAGAUCAUAGUGCAUUUAAGUUUCCAUCAUUUAAGUAUGGGUUGUUUUGUGCCCAUACAUAUAUAUAUAUAUAUGGGCACAAAUACACGUUUUAUAUACAGUUUUACAGUAUAUAAAACGUGGUUUUCUAUACCAUUUGUUGCGAACAGAAAUGUUUUUUAAAUAAUGUUCUGCUUGCAUUUGUAGUGGACUACACGCGCAAAGACUGCUUGCAACUGUCUGAUAUAUUUGGGUCUAAUCAAGACUUGGCUUUUUUUAGCUACUCACUAAGUGUGUAGAGGAAUGCACAGUUGGGCCUAAUGACUUUGGUGUGACCAAGCUGAAGAAAAACUGCAAGAAUGUUAGCGUUACUGAUCCCAGCUCAUAAGUAUUUAUUGAUUUGCAACCAACUGAAAUAUCCACCGUUGUUAUAGUAAAGGUGUUAUUUUACCCUUUCUGCUAGUGUUUUAACACUCGAUUGUCUCUCAGAAAUUAAAGCGAUUUAUUACGUGCCAGUGUAAACUGAUAAUAUUUUAGUCAUCUAAAGUUACCACUCGAUGCAAACUGUGAACACAGAAAUGCAACAGACACCAACUCUACAAAGACUGAUUGAAUGUAGAAAAUGCGAACCCUCUGAAUCUCAUCCGAAAGACAUAAAGAGCGUUUCUGGACGCGCAAUUACCAAGAAGUGGCUCAUUAUAAGACAUUAAAGCAUUUUCACUCAAAAAUGAAAUGUUUCAUGCUGAACCCAUUUGUAGCCUACAUGUGGUGCUCUGUACUGAAACGUGACUAACAAUGUGCUGGGAUUAAACAGACCUUGGCUGCUUGUAAUCCAGAAGAUGAUGUAUAACAUAUUUCCCAAAUUAAAUAUUCAA